CUGCGCGCCCGCGACAACAGACCUCCCCCUUGCGCUCUCCUCUCCCUCAAUUCGCAGACCUCUGCUAUGUCGUCGCAUGCAGUUGCGACGUCCACAAGAGGUCUGCCGGAUCUCCCUGACUCGCCCAUCGACCUAGACGACUUUGAUCCUCCCUGGCCUGAUCAACAUGAUCUUGACCGACCCUCCGCCGCCACUCACAACCAAGCUCUGAAUGCCAACGAUGCCUCUCCCUCUACCACCACCGCCUCCCGUCCCUCUUGGAGUACCAUGGAUAACCAGCAAAGGAACGCAGCUGUUGGAAAUCUUCUGGCUGCACUGGCGCCUCCUACUUCAACCCAGACCGCAACUACCCCAACAAAGCCAGAUCCUGAUACUUUUACACAAAAUGAGACAAAGGACCCUCCACCCAUUGUCAACCCCGAGCCCGAUCAAUCGAGCGCUGGCCAACCGCCUGCGGACGAGACUUCUGUCACUGAUCCCAGUACUUCUCUCCCAGUUCUCCCUGAUGUCGCCGCCAAUUCCUAUGGUGCUCCUUCCGACCAAAUGCCCGCUCCGUUAGCACUUCCCCUCGAUACGUCCCAAGAACAGACCAACUUUAUGUCUCUCAAUCCCAUGGCAGCCAACAUCCCCUCGUUACCGCCUCCAAUACCAGAACCUAUUCCAGAACGACGAGAAAUUGAGGCCUUUGCCAAAAUCGAGUUCGAGGAUGGCAACUACUAUAUCACCACCUAUGCUUGCGAAUUAGGUAGGGAUGCUUUCGCCUACAGAGCCGCCUUGGCUCGUGCCGAAGAGGCACGACAGGCUGAACAGGAUCGCGGGCAUAGUUCAAGCGGCCGAAUCUCAGAUGGAAUUCCUCGACAGGGUGACAGCCAGGUUCAGGGCAGUGUCAUCAGUGAAGCUGGCGGCUUUGGUGGCAUGGAUGAUGGUCAAGGAGUCAAUGAUGGGAAUCGCGACCCAGCUCACCCAUCCCACUCUUCGGAAAUCUCGGCCGAUAGUAUCGUCAAGCCGCAAGAGGUCCUGUUCAAUCCGCCUUUGAUUCCAUUCGACUACCACCGCAUGGCUGAACGACAAGCUCAACUCGAGAGUGGCUUGAUUGAACCGGACAACGAACAGCCUGCUCCAGUCACUGCCGAUCACAUCCCAGACGCCAAUAAUUGUCCCCUGAUACCUAUCCAUGCCAUGCGCAACUUUCAAAAAUCAGAGGUUGAAAACCACAGAAGUAUCUCCAGGAGACACGUCAAGAUCCAAUGGGAUUUUGAUCGAGAAUGCUUCCAGAUGAAGGUUCUUGGUCGAAACGGGGCAUUCUUAGACGACGAAUAUCUCCUCCGUGGUGCCGUGAAGCGAUUGCGCGAUGGCUCAAGAGUUCAAAUCUCCAAUGUCUGGAUGACCUUCCGUCUACCCAAUCAACAGGCCUCGCCCAUCAGUGACGACUCAGAGCGCGAAGCUGGAAAGGAUCAGUCACCUGUUCCACAGAGGAGCACCUCUAUGACAACCGACGAUGGCGACAGGAAGCCGUCCCCAUCCCGAUCCGGCAAGACCAAGACCAAAAUCACCCUCACAACCACUCAGAAACCGUCACCCUCUAUUUUCCCACCCCCGCCUUCUCUUGCAAUUGGUCCAGAUGGCCAACCUAUUCCUCCCAAGAAACGUGGUCCAGGCCGACCACCCAAGAAUGGUAUCAUGUCCAAACGGGAAGAACGUGAGAGGGAGAAAGCAAUGAAGCUGGCUGAAGCAAAAGCUGCAAAUGGGGGAUCUACCCCGCCGCCGUUACUCAAGGGCAAAUUCCCGAAACCGAUUGUCAAAGAAGAGGAACCGGUCAAGGAAGAGCCCAAACCCGAAAAACGAAAAUACAAGAAAAGAAAGCGACCAGGUGAAGACGGUGAUGUCGUUCAAUCUAUUGAAGGUGGUGAAGUCGAUGUACCAAGUGAAGCCGAAAAACCUGUACCAAAGAAAGCCCGGGCGUCCAAAUCACCUUCUCCCGAAUAUCCUCCUGCUGAGUCCUUGACCGAAGAACAGCUGGCAAGACCUUCUGAACCAUACGCACGAUUGAUCUACGACAUUCUGAUCGACAUCCACCCGAAGGCUCUGCCACUUAAGCAGAUCUACCGAGCACUCAAGCUGAAAUUCCCCUUCUUUGUUCACAGAGUCGACUCAGAAGGCUGGCAAAGUAGCGUACGACACAAUCUGAAUCAGGAAUGGAACAAACUGUUCGAGAAGGGCGAAAAGGAAGGCAAAGGCUUUGCGUGGAAAGCAAUCCCAGGAGCCCUGCAACCACAGGCUGAACGAAGACGUGCCGCCCAACAAGCGGCCGCUUCGAAACCAAAACCUCCGCCAGCACCUCGCCAGCACCCUCAAGGACCACCUCCACCAUUGAAUUGGCAAAACAGUACUCCUUAUCCUCAGCAAAAUGGCAUGCCUCCAAGGGGUCCACCACCGCCUUUUUUCAUGCAAGGUCCCCAUGGCCAGAUGCCACCUCCGCCAAAUGGCAUGCCGUGGCCACCGCCACCUGGCGCUAUCCCUCCAACUGGUGGUGCGCCUCAACAAGGCACGCCAGGUCAGCCUCAGCCGUUUUAUCCGACUGGAGCCAGACCUCCAUAUCCUCCGCCCGGAGCGCCCGGAGCCAUCCAACAUCCAGCAACGCCAACCCCUGGAGCAUCAGCAUCCGGUCCGCCAACACCAGCACCAGGGCUCGCCCCUCUCCCCACAAGCUCGUCAGCAUCAAACAUGCCUUGUACGAUGGAAGGCAUCGUCGCGAUCCGUCGAUUCGAAGCCGCCAUGUAUCAGCAGGUCAACAAUCCAGAAGCCAAUGUACGCUGGCAAGCUAUAUUCGGAUCUGUUAAACGUCGUCUUCUGCACGGCGCCCCCCAUUCGUUGAUGCCCGAAGGCGAGACGAAAGAGGAGAGAACCAUCGUGGAGCAUGUUGCCAGAUUCAUCGACCGUUUCAAAAAUCCUGCCUUUGUUGGAUUUUCUGCCUCAACAGAUUCCACACGAGGCACAUCGUCGCCAGCGCCAGCGUCGAGUGUUCCCGCCAAGGCAACACCAGCUACAACGACAGUCCAGGCUUCUCAAACACCUUCACAACCAAAACCCGAAGUCGGCCCUACUCCGACUGUUGCACGGACAGAUCAGGGUGCAACGGCUCAAGCUGCUCCUACAACUGGAAAUGAACCGAAAGCUCCAACAAAUGUGCCAGCGAACGUGCCAGCCAGUGUGCCAGCGGUACCUGCACCUACUACGUCCACGCAAACGGCCGCCAUGCCUGGAGGGUCUAACACGGUAUCGACCUCACAGGAGGCACCGGUCUCGAGUGAAGCACCCAAGCUGGGCGAGGCAGCGGUGACUGCUGGUUCGACUGAAGAGAAGCCGUCAACAGGAUCAGUACCGGGAGACGUGCAAGCCAAAAUAGAAGAUGUUAAGGAUGAUUAGACAUGGUGUGGUGAACUGUGGGCGCUCGCGAUUUAUUGGGCUUGAGCAAUGGCAAUAAUUAGGAACGAUUGCGAUGAAUUCGACGAAGUUGAUGAUGGCAAAACUAGGACUUAUGGGCUCAAUAGGGGAAUAAGUGAAGCCGGGUCUUGCGAUGGAGGAAUUGGACUUGGAAGCGAAAAUACGAUGACAGCAUAUGGCUAUUGAAAUGGUGGGCUCGCAACAAAGAAAUGGUGCGUCAUUGAUUAAGAGAUUUGAAGUUAGAUGGCCACAAAAUAUGUACAUGAGUAUGAUCAAGUCUAAUGUCAUAGGUCUAGAAAUCUAGCAGCCAUCAAGGAUGAAAGUGAAGUGUCGAUAAUAGCUGUGUCAACAAUAUACCGACUAGGAAAAGGCGUUCAAGACACAUGUAUAGGGAGAUGUGGAAAUUCUAAGUUCCUGGGGAUGUCACGUAUCAGUAUAUUAAUGAGUCGUUGGCAUCAAUCGCGAGAUGUCUAUAUCAAGUACAGCAGUGGCAAAUCCCCAGCCUCCCAGUUCAAACUCACAUUCUCCAUCCACCGAUAUUCUUCAGUCACCAACCCAACCAUCAACAAUCAAACGGGCGACAUUCAUGCCCGCAAGAGCCGAAGUCUCCAUUGUGGAGAUGAAACUUUCCAUUCCAGAGAGAUACCACAGAUUCGAUGAGGACGUAGCAGAAUCUGUUGUUGGCGAUUGCAUCGUAAGUUCAAAGUCCUCAAAUUGUCGUCGUGGCGUCUCGUACGGAUAGCUAUGCCAGAAUUUAUGAUGGUACCAGGUAAUGGCCCCGUCCGGGAGAGAGGAGAUGGAAUCUUGAUCUUGAUCUUGACCUUCUUCAAAUGACUCUGAUGAGGAUGAUGAGGAAGGAGAGGUAAUGUAUGGGAUGUCGAAUAACUCGGCCAGCCAGCUUGCUUUUAACGGAGCGGGGCUGAAGAUCUUGUAGAGAUAUUGUGGUGAGUCUGGAUAGUUUGGUACGUCGGUUAAGACUUGUAAGGUGCUGAUGGACCAGAAUCCGGGUGAACCGGCGGAGUUGGUCAGAGUGAUUGAGUCGGAAAUGGAGCUGGUUAGGUUGGUGGAUGAAGAUUUUGGUGGGAGAGUGGUAAGAACGGAUGCAGGUACGUCUUCGAUAUUUUCGAGGUUGAAGAAUGAAGGCGAUAGCCUGUAUGGUGUAGUGAAGAGAGUGACAUGCAGAGGAACAUAGGGUACGGGUUUCGGUGGUGAUACGAGUGGUGGUGUGAAGCUGAGAUUGGAGAAUUGGAAAGGUGCUGCGAGGACGACGGUGUCAAAAUCUUGAGUAAUCAUUUCGAGGUCUGUUAGGUUCUGGAUUGAAAGCUGGAAUACGUUUGACUUG